AUGUCGGCCUGCCUGUGUUUGACGGAGAUGUCUGUAGACCGGAACCGCCCUGGCACUUUCCACGUGCGGGUGAUCAGUGUCCCACAUGUACCGCCCGUGACCCACCGAAUUUCUACCCAAAGGUCGCCCGUUCUCAAGGAGGGCGCUGAUCGGUAGCGAGACGGAUCAAUGCGUGCAAACCGUACCCCUUUGUUGACCUGCUACUGCUGUAUAUACAAUCCAUAACGCCGAAUGUGCGAUCGCGGCUGAUCUUCUGCACGAUUUUCGUACCACCGCACACACCCACCGGCGUGUAGCUAGGCAUGAAACCUGUAUGUAGAUGUGUGCGCCACAGGUUGCUGCCAAGCCAGGAAGAUCUGUGUGCCCGGCCAUGCCCUCGCGGCAAAUUCUUCAAAGGCGAUCAAUCCUGCUGUUGGGCAUCGCGCCUCCGGGUGAAUGUUGAUCGAAUGUUGCGUAGGUGCGCCGUGCGUUUGACAGAGCAUUGUUUUUUGUUUUUCUUUCUCCCAUCAUUGGACUCUGUCGUCUGCCCCUCUGUCCCCCAUCCUCCACUUCUACCAGCCAGACGACCCAACCGGGGUCACAUAGGAGGGGGGGGUUGGACCCCCUCCUGCGGUUCCUGCCUGAGAUAUUUUUAUCGCGGGAGGGGUGCAGCAAUCCCUUCCCUCGCGACUUAUGAUGUCUGCCAAGUUUAUUAACAACGAGCUUUGCAGCGCGUCGCUUCCAACGGAGCCCAGGAUUCAACUAGGGUGAUAGCAGUUGUUGUGUUGCUUACGAAUAUCCCGACGUGACCCAAGAUGAAUCUUUAUCUUUGGUAAUGAAUCGGUUUUUUAGUGUGGCCGUGUGGCGGUGUUCCUCGUUUCUGUACACGUAGGGCGGGUGGGCGACCAAUAGAGCCAGCUGAUGUUUCUUGUGAAUUGCAGAUGUCCUUUCGAGGGCAUUUCGAUCCUAGCGAAACAAGCGGGGGUCAGCGCACGAACAGGGCUACAUAUGUACAAGGGUGCUUCGCCCGCCCCCCUAUCGGGAGGCCAGUCUCGCGUAAUACCCGUAGGGGAACAAAAGGAAAAGUGUUUGAAGUUGGAAGGUGGGAAGGACGUGGGCAAGUUUACAGAAAACCGGUUGGGUUCGUCGCACCCAUGAUACGCAUAUUCUCUCCGGCAUGCUGUGCGACGGAAAUAUGCAACGCCC